AUGUCGCUCUGGGAGGGGAUGCUCUGUCCCUGUGUGCUCCAGGGCAAAAGCUCCAGGGACAUCUUCCUCCACAUGGUGAUCCCCGACCACAUCCCGCAGUUUACUAUCCCCUCUCUGGACAUUCACAAGAAGCACAGGCACUCAGGCAAGGGGAAGGGGCAGCCGGCAGGGACAGCAGCUUGGAGGAGCAGCUGGGACCCAGAGGUGGAGGAUGAGCACGAUGCGCCCCGCUCUAGCUUGUCCUGCUCUAACACCUGGCUCGCUGCCACUGCGCAGGCUAUCCCAGACCCCACUGCUUGGGCAGCUCUGUCCCUGCCUCAUCUCUCCAAGGUCACCACCCUGUAUGGCUUUGUCACCCUGGGGCAAAGCCCACAGGUCACCAGUGAAGAGGCGUUGUUUUUUCACUCAGGCUCAGGUUACCCUCGAGGUCCUGCUGCUGAGAUAUGUCCCAGUUCCCAGGAGGAGCUGGGAUGCUGCAGACGCCCGGGGAUGCCUGUUGCUGGGGGAGGCGUCUGCUCCCGGAUGGGUGGAGGCCUGAGGGACUGCAAGCAGCCGAGUCCCGAUGCCACCGGUCACAAGGACAGUGGAGGCAGCCAGGCCUACCGGACUCCAGCAGGGCUUCCCCUGCCUAGGAGAUGUGCCAGCCUGCUCAGAGACAUCCAGACAACCUCCACACUCCUCUCCACCAGCGCCAAAACCUCCAGCCCGGCUGCUGCAACGACCACUGCUGCUCCUGUCACCACCACAGCUACGGAGACAACAGCCUCUCCCACCACGGCCCUUGCAGAAACAUCCUCCUCCGCUCCUGGCACAAGCCCACCUCCUGCCACCACCUCGGCUGUUACCCCGAGCCCUGCUCUGUCCACACCUACACCCACCUCUUCUCUGCCAACAGCCUCCACUGCUGUUACUACGGGCACAUCAACCCUGGAGGCAACCACCGUGGCCAUCUCCUCCACCACGCUGGAAACCUCCAGCACAGCUGCCCAGGCCACCUCUCCUCCUGAGACCACAGCUGCACCCUCUCCCACUCCAGCACAAACAUCUGCUCUUCAGACAACCUCCACACUCCUCUCCACCAGCGCCAAAACCUCCAGCCCGGCUGCUGCAACGACCACUGCUGCUCCUGUCACCACCACAGCUACGGAGACAACAGCCUCUCCCACCACGGCCCUUGCAGAAACAUCCUCCUCCGCUCCUGGCACAAGCCCACCUCCUGCCACCACCUCGGCUGUUACCCCGAGCCCUGCUCUGGACAACACCUCCCCAGCUCUGUCCACACCUACACCCACCUCUUCUCUGCCAACAGCCUCCACUGCUACUACUACGGGCACAUCAACCCUGGAGGCAACCACCGUGGCCAUCUCCUCCACCACGCUGGAAACCUCCAGCACAGCUGCCCAGGACACCUCUCCUCCUGAGACCACAGCUGCACCCUCUCCCACUCCAGCACAAACAUCUGCUCUUCAGACAACCUCCACACUCCUCCACCAGCACGCCGAAACCUCCAGCCCGGCUGCUGCAACGACCACUGCUGCUCCUGUCACCACCACAGCUACGGAGACAACAGCCUCUCCCACCACGGCCCUUGCAGAAACAUCCUCCUCCGCUCCUGGCACAAGCCCACCUCCUGCCACCACCUCGGCUGUUACCCCGAGCCCUGCUCUGUCCACACCUACACCCACCUCUUCUCUGCCAACAGCCUCCACUGCUGUUACUACGGGCACAUCAACCCUGGAGGCAACCACCGUGGCCAUCUCCUCCACCACGCUGGAAACCUCCAGCACAGCUGCCCAGGCCACCUCUCCUCCUGAGACCACAGCUGCACCCUCUCCCACUCCAGCACAAACAUCUGCUCUUCAGACAACCUCCACACUCCUCUCCACCAGCGCCGAAACCUCCAGCCCGGCUGCUGCAACGACCACUGAUGUCACAUCCAGUCCAACUGCAACAGCCACUGCUGCUCUUUUCAUCACCACAGCUCAAGCUCACAGCCAUCCACCAACAACAGCUGCAGGCCCCGAGCAUUUCACCAUCAACUUCACCAUCACCAAUCUCCCCUACAAUUCUGACCUGGCAACUCCUGACUCAGUGAAGUUCAACACUACACGGAGAGUCAUGACCACCCUGCUCAACCGCCUUCUGAAGGAAAGCAGCAUUGGCCCCACUUUCCUUGGAUGUGAAACAAUAGCCUUCAGGCCAGCGAGGCAAGGGGACAACACAGGGGUGGAUGCAGUCUGCACCUGCAGGAAGGAGUCCUCCGCCACGCCCUUGGACAGGGUGGGCCUUUACCACGAAGUGAGUAACAAGACCAGAGGCAUCAUGCAGCUGGGCCCCUACAGCCUGGACACAGACAGCCUCUACAUCAACGGCUGCAAAAUGACGGCUUUCAGGUCAAAGAAGGACAGGGAUAACACGGGAGUAGAUGCCAUCUGUAGCUAUAAAGAUGAGCCUUCACAUCCCAAGUUCAGCAGAGUGACAGUUUACCGUGAGCUGAGCAAUAUGACAAAUGGCAUCACCAAGCUGGGACACUACAGCCUUGACAGCCAGAGCCUCUACAUUAAUGUGGUGAAGCCAACCACCACACAAAGCCCAGGAGCAAUAACAGAGCAAUUCAUACUGAACUUCACAAUAAUCAACCUCAGGUUCACGACAGACCUAGGGACACCAAAUUCUGCUAAAUUCAAUUCUACUGAGAAAAUAAUGCAACGUUACAUUGACCCCCUGUUUCAGAAGAGCAGCAUUGGCCCCUAUUUCACUGGCUGCAAAGUAACAGGAUUCAGGUCAGUGAGGAAUAGGGAUAACACAGGAGUAGACACCAUCUGCAACUAUAGAAAUGGCUCCCAAGUGCCCAAGUUCGACCAAGCUAAGGUUUACCAAGAACUAAGGAGCAUGACAAAUGGCAUCACCAAAUUAGGAAUCUAUAACCUGGACAACAAGAGCCUCUAUAUCAAUGGUUACAAUGAACCACUUGAAAGAUCACCUCUGAGCAUAACUACUGCACCAAGCCCAACGUCCGGGCAUUUCACACUUAAUUUCACCUUGACCAACCUCCAGUACACUGCAGAUCUGGAUGCACCAAGUUCCCGCAAAUUCAUUUCCACAGUGAAAGUUAUCAACUAUUAUAUUGACCCUCUUUUCAAAAGAAGCAGCAUAAGCUCUGCCUACACAGGAUGUAAAGUGAUGAGAUUUAGGUCUGGGAGAGACAGGGAUGACACAGGCGUAGACGCUGUCUGCAGCUACAAAAACAAUGCCAGCCUUGCCAGGUUUGACAGAGAAAAGGUUUAUCACGAGCUGAGCACCAUGACAAAUGGUGUCACCAAACUAGGGCACUUCAGCCUGGAGAAGAACAGCCUGUACGUCAAUGGCUUGAAACCAGCAACCGAGGCAGCAACUUACAAAACACCCCUCAAGUCUAGGGAAGAAAACUUCAGAUUAAACUUCAGAAUCUCCAACCUUUCCUACUCCCCAGAACUGCAGGACUCCAGGUCACAGAUGUACCAAGUGAACAAAGAGAAAAUUGAGAAAGAGCUUGAUGUAUUCAGAACUAGCAGCCUGAAGGACUACUUUGCUGGCUGUACUGUUGAGAGCUUUGGGCCUGUCCAUGGGAAGGCUUACACAAAUGUUGCCGCCGUCUGCAAAUUCACACUGGACCCCUUCUCACGGACUUUACAGAAGCAAGAGGUGUAUGAGGAGCUGAAACACCUGACACAUGGGUUCACCAAGCUGGGCCCCAGCUACGAGCUGGAAGAGCAGAGUCUGGUUGUUGAAGGUUACUCUCCACUCAAGACAGAUGAGCAGGACUCCAAAAGAUCUAAGCUUCCGUACUGGGCAAUUAUCCUCAUCUGCAUUUUCACCCUGCUGGGCUUCAUUCUCCUCAUCUUGUUAUGCUUCCUGCGUGCCCUGGCUGCAGCAGCCAUCCCACGGCAGAAGCACCGUGAUCAGAAAGGACUUCACGACUCGGGCUUCGACCACAGGCGCUCGAGAAAAGCGGCGUGA